AUGUCCAGUGCAAUUAAAGAAGAUUCCAGUGACCAAACACUUAAAUCCAUCAUCAUGAAUGCUAAGAACACAUUGGGAGCAUCAGGAGCUGUUCUUUAUAUAUAUAAUUCAGAUGAUAAAUCCUUCCAAGUUAAAGACCAAGUCGGAAAAGGUGCAACAUAUGGUACAACAUUUGCCGAGAAAGCAGUUCAAGAUCGCGAAGACAAAAUCUUCCAACCAGAUGAUAUCGACAACCUUCUUUUCCCUGCACAAUCAAAUAACAACUCCAAACUUGGAAAAGACGAUUCUUAUGACAGUUUCGACUCUAUUUCAAGUCGACCAAUCACACCUACUAAACCAGGAAAGACAGGAAGUGCAAGAGUAUCAAUGCUCCUUUCUACAGCAACAACAGCACAACUUCCAGAUGUCAACAUUCGAGAAACAAUUGUUUGUAUUCCUUUGGUUAAUAACGAAAACACUAUUUUAGGUGUUAUUCAGUUGACAUGUCCAUGGACAGUUAUUCCCGAAGAUGUGAAGAUGCUUAAGAGUUACGCUGUUUUUGCAUCAUUGAUUAUCGAGCGCCAGAACUUGAAAGGAAUUGCCGAAUUCGGACAAGAUGAAGUCGAAAUGAACACAUGGAUGACGAAAGAAGAAAAACAUAGUAUGACAGAAAUUCCUUCUAAACUGAUUAUCCCAGAAGAUGUCCUUAAAAACAACGUCUUCACCAUCAAAUUCAAUUCAUUGGAAUGGGAUGGCAUUGGUCAUUUCAAAGUUUUGUUUGCUAUUUUCCAUUAUUUCGAUUUCUUCCAAAUUUAUAAGAUCACGAAUGAAAAGUUUUUCCGAUUCUUAUAUGCUAUCAGAAGUAUGUACAAGAAAGUUCCAUACCAUAACUGGCGUCAUGCAGUUGAUGUCACACAAUUUGUUACUUAUCAGAUCAUGAUUUCUGGUCUUGAAAAAGUUUUCACUAAAUUUGAAUUAUUCAGUUUAGUUGUUGCUGCAAUUUGUCAUGAUGCAAAUCAUGAUGGUUUCACUAAUAUCUACAACGUCAAAGCUGAAACUCCACUUGGUAUUCUUUACAAGAACCAGUCCGUCAUGGAAACACACCAUUGUUCAAUUGCAAUCCAAAUUAUGUCACACGAAGAAACAAAUUUGUUGGCCGCAUUGAACCAAGACGAAUACAUCGAAAUUUGGUCAUUGAUCAUCCAAUACAUCCUUGCAACAGACAUGGCACGUCAUUUCGAGAUUCUGAAGAGAUUCAAUGAUAUCUAUGAUGGUGGUGAUUUCACAAUGCAACGCCAUGAUCACCGCGUUAUGUUGUUGUAUAUGAUUCUUAAAUGUGGUGAUAUUUCAAACGUUUCUCGUCCAUUCGAACUUGCAGAUCGAUGGUGUGAUGUUUUGUGUGAAGAAUUCUUUCGACAAGGCGAUUUAGAACAAGCGCAAGGCAUGGCUUACACAUCCGAUUUGAAUGAUCGAAGCCAUUUAGAUAAAGCUAAAUCACAAAUUGGUUUCUACACAUAUGUUACACUUCCUAUGUUCCAAGCUGCAGGAAAAGCAGUUCCUGCAUUAGAUGUAAACAUGCGACAGGUUUUGUCUAAUCUUUCAGUUUGGAAGAGAAAACACGCAGAAGAACUUGAACUUCAGAAAGCUGCCCUUGCUGCUGCGUCAGAUAAACCUAAGACUAAUCAAACACAACAGCAACAACAAACUAAUAAUACUAAUCAACCUGCUACAAAUAAUAAUAACAAUAAUAAUAACAACAAAUCAGAAAACAAUUCAACAUCAGGUGGCGGAACUAAACUUGGUCAAGGUCCAGCACCAAAAGACAACAACAAAGAUAAUAAAGAAAACAAGGAUGAAGAUACAAUUGGCGAAGAAUUACUUCUUGAUGAAAACGGAGAUCCUAUUGUUGAUGUUAAGAUGAGUAUUUCUACAUUACUUCGAGAAAGUUCAGAACAUAUUAAAUGUUAUCCAGGUGAUGACAAAAAGAAAUGA